AUGAGGGGCCAGCAGGCUCUAUAUAAGCUGCCCCUCUGCUCCUGCACAAGGGGUCGCACCCCUUGUAACACAUCACACCAGAUAACAAAACUCUUGCACCACCGAGAGGCAGGGUCUUUACCUCUUCUGAAAGGGUCUGAACUCGGAGUGUACGACCUCGCCGUAGCUAGGCUCUGCCCUCCUAUACGUACUCCUAACCUCUACUAUCAUAUCUGUUCCCACGACAAUGGUCGCCUUUGCAUCAGCUCGCCAACGCUCAGGAGCAUCGUCUUCUAUGCUCCUCAUGCCGAAGGUGUCCUCACCUUCCAGGAGCUGGUCAUUGAGGACGUCCCUUGCCUUGAGAGGUUGCUACUGAUUUAUCCAGACUCUAGUCCGACGACCAUACAAGUGAUCCGGGAUCCUAAACUGGAGAUACUUGGUUCGUUGUCUGAACAAAUAUCCACACUCCACCUUGGAAAACCACUUCUCCAGAAGAUGAUUGCUGUCAGCUUGACAACCAAAAUGCACUCAAUGAAGAUUUUGGUUCUUGACUCUAUGGGCCCUAAUCUGGGCGUGCUUGUUGACUUUUUGAAGUGCUUCCCCUGCUUGGAGAAGCUCUAUGUCAUUUUGAAUCGGCACAAGGAUGUAAAUUAUGUGUGGAAGCAUGGUCCAUUGGAUCCAGUUCGGUGUCUUGAGCUCCAUCUAAAAAAAGUGGUGUUGAAGAAUUACAAUGGUGACAGGAGGGCAUUUACUAACCUUGCUAAGUUCUUUAUUUUGAAUGCAAAAGUGCUGAAAGAAAUGGAAAUCGGAUUCUUUCAAAUUGGCAACGAAGAAUGGGUUUGUUGUCAACAUAGGCAACUACAAGUUGAGAAUAGAGCUUCUCAAGGCGCUCGAAUUGAACUAAAAGAUGAUAUGGACCUGAAAUUCACUGACCGUGUGCAUACCCAUAAUUUCUCAAUUGCUGAUCCCUUUGACAGAUCCUUGUGUGGAUGCUCCAAGUGUGUUAGGGAGCCCUUCUGA